GCAACAACGUUCAACCACCCCAAUCCUUUUCGAUGUCUUAUAUACUUGUCUAAGCAGCCAUCAAUUGCAGCUUCCUAUUCCUUUAUUUUCUUCUUCAUGUUCCGCCAUGCUGCCAUACGUAGAUCUCAUUUUCGAGUACCCUGCCAGACUCACGGGGGCUUCCGUUGAUGAACUGAAGCUCAUUGCAUCAUUCAUACUCUCCUACCCUCUGGCCGCCCUCUUGAAAAGAAUCCCUGACGCUCAGCCCUGGAAAAAGAAUGCAUUUAUCAUUGCUGUAUCGUUGUUCUAUCUGGUGGGCUUGUUUGACCUCUGGGAUGGCCUCCGGACGCUGGGCUACAGUGCCGCCGGUAUUUACGCCAUUGCCUACUAUAUUGAUGGGUCGUUGAUGCCAUGGAUCGGAUUCAUUUUUCUAAUGGGCCACAUGUCCAUUAGCCACAUUUACCGGCAACUGGUCGACGAUGCACACGCAACGGAUAUCACUGGAGCCCAGAUGGUGCUCGUCAUGAAACUCUCGUCAUUCUGCUGGAAUGUGCAUGACGGCCGUUUGCCCCAGGACCACCUUUCAGAUCCUCAAAAGUAUGCCGCAAUUAGGGACUUUCCGAGCAUCCUAGACUAUAUCGGAUAUAUACUUUUCUUCCCCUCACUCUUCGCGGGUCCGUCUUUCGAAUAUGUCGAUUAUCGUCGGUGGAUCGACACCACACUCUUUGACGUGCCUCCAGGAACGGACCCUUCCAAGGUUCCUCCGACUCGAAAGAAGCGCAAGAUCCCCCGAAGUGGAACGCCCGCCACGAAAAAGGCUUUAGCUGGGCUAGGGUGGAUAUUUGCAUUCUUGCAGCUUGGGUCGCUCUACAGCCAAGAACUGGUCCUCAGUGAGACAUUCAUGCAGUAUUCCUUCCUUCGACGGGUGUGGAUCUUACACAUGCUUGGCUUUACAGCCCGGCUAAAAUAUUAUGGAGUGUGGUAUCUCACGGAAGGUGCUUGUGUCUUGUCCGGCAUGGGAUACAACGGCUUCGAUCCUAAGUCGGGGAAAGUGUUUUGGAACCGGUUGGAAAAUGUCGACCCAUGGAGUCUCGAAACUGCUCAAAACUCCCACGGCUAUUUGGGAAGUUGGAACAAGAAUACAAAUCAUUGGCUGCGAAACUAUGUCUACCUUCGUGUCACUCCUAAGGGUAGGAAACCUGGCUUCCGCGCCAGUCUCGCUACCUUUGCCACCAGCGCAUUCUGGCACGGGUUCUAUCCGGGGUAUUAUCUGACCUUUGUUUUGGGAUCAUUUGUCCAAACUGUAGCUAAGAAUUUUCGUCGCUAUGUUCGUCCGUUUUUCCUGACCCCUGACGGCAAUCAGCCUACUCCCUACAAGAAAUAUUAUGAUAUUGCCAGCUAUGUUGUGACUCAGCUCACCUUGUCAUUUGCUGUCAUGCCUUUCAUCUUCUUAUCUUUUAGUGACUCCAUCAGAGUCUGGCGCAGUGUUUACUUCUAUGGCAUCGUUGGCAAUAUUGUAUCUCUUGCAUUAUUUGCUAGUCCCGCCAAAGGGUUACUUCUGAAGAAGCUGAGAGGGCGCAAUAGACCCCACGUCCCUCGAACAGUCAGCUCAGAAAAUAUGCGACAACCAACUCUGGGUUUACCGAAUGAUGCAAUCCAAGAAUUCGAUGAUGCAGUCCAGGAGAUCAGGACUGAAAUUGAAUCCAGACAGAGACGAGGCAGCUUAGUCAACAUGCCUACAGGCAAUGAGCUGAGGGCUGCCGUAGAAGACAAAAUUGGCCGGAAGCAAUAGCAACACACUCUCUUGAUAAAUUCAAGAAAUCAGCUAGUUGAAGUCUUCAGGGAGUCCUAGUAGUGGCGCGAGCAAGCAGACCCAAUCCGAUCGUUGUCGGCUGGAUUGAUAUGGGCUUGAAAUUGUCAUUGUUCGUCCAAAACUUGGCUAUGCACGCACUAUUCACUUGUAUUGAGUGGUUGUCUUGUGGACACUUCCCGG